ACCCAUUUUCCCCGUUGAGCUCAAUUUCGCUAUCUCUUUCAUCUUUGUCGUUGUUAGGUUUUUUCUCUUUUUACUUAAACAACAGUAACAUGGAAAAAUCAGUCAUCGAAAGAAACUCCUGAAUUGAUUUGAGUACCGCCUAAAGUUUUGAUCUUUGGGUUCUUUCUAAUAAAAAAAGAGAUUUUUGGGGAUUGUAUAUAUUGAGGUAAAAAGGUGAUAAUGAUUCCGGAACUGGGAAGAAGGCCGAUGCAUAGAGGUAACGAAGAUUCAGCUUUUGGGGAUGAUUACGAGAAAGAGAUUGGAGUAUUGCUCGGCGAGCAGCAGAGACGGCAAGAAGAGGCUGAUGAGCUCGAGAGAGAGCUAAACUUGUACAGAAGCGGCUCUGCUCCGCCGACUGUGGACGGUUCUGUAAGUGCCGCCGGUGGGCUUUUCACCGGAGGAGGAAGGGCUCCUUUCAUGGAGUUUACUGGAGCCAAUAAGGGAAAUGGGUUUGGAGGUGACGAUGAGGAGUUUAGGAAAGAUCCAGCUUACUUGUCUUAUUACUAUGCUAAUAUGAAGUUGAAUCCGAGGUUGCCUCCGCCUUUGAUGUCUAGGGAGGAUUUAAGGGUUGCUCAGAGGCUUAAAGGGAGUAGCACCGAGUUCUUAGGCGGUAUUGGGGAUAGGAGAAAAGUGAAUGAGAAUCGAUCUUUGUUCUCUAUGCCGCCUGGUUUUGAACAGAUGAAGCAGCAGCAGCACGAGUUUGAGCCUGAGAGAACCAGUGCUUCGUCUUCUGAGUGGGAUGCUAAUGGAUUAAUUGGUUUGGAUCUUGGAGGCAAACAGAAGAGUUUUGCUGAUAUCUUUCAGGCUGACCUGGGACAUGGGAAUCCCGUCUCACAGCAGCCCUCUCGUCCUGCAAGUCGUAAUACCUUUGAUGAAAAUGUCGACUCCGCAAGUAAUCAGUCUGUAUCUGCACCACAAGGCAUUGGUGCGCCAACCCCUUACAGCUAUGCAACUGUUCUGGGUUCUUCUUUGUCUAGAACCGGAACUCCAGACCCACAGGCGGUUGCUAGGGUGCCUAGUCCCUGCCUUACUCCUAUUGGGAGUGGAAGAGUGAGCUCAAAUGAUAAGAGGAACAGUUGUAAUCAAAGCCCAUUCAACGGUGUUACUUCUGGUCUCAACGAGACUACUGAUCUAGCUGCUGCUUUAUCUAGUAUGAACCUGUCAGCCAGUGUUGGGAUUGAGCGGGGUCAGGCUGAGCAGGAUGUUGAAAAGGUCAGGAACUAUAUGUUUGGUCAGCAAGGUGGGCAUAAUGAAGUCAAUCAACACAGAUUCCCAAACAAAUCUGAUCAAGCCCAUAUGGCAACUGGUAAUUGGAGGAAUUCACAAUUGAGAGGGUCACAAGGAUCUGCCUAUAAUGGUGGUGGAGGUGGACUACCUGGUCCUUACCAGCAUCUUGAUAGCCCAAACUAUUCUGUGAACAAUUACCCAUUAAAUCCAGCUGUAGCUUCUAUGAUGGCUAGCCAACUUGGGACUGGUAACUUUUCUCCAAUGUAUGAAGAUGCUCUGGGAUUUUCUGGAAUUGACUCCAGACUUCAUGGGGGAGGUUUUGUAUCUUCUGGUCAAAACCUCUCUGAAUCACGUAACCUUGGCAGGCUCAGUAAUCGAAUGAUGGGGGGAGGUCUACAGCCACAUAUUGUCGACCCAAUGUAUCAUCAAUAUGCUGAUUCUCUUGAUCUUCUUAAUGAUCCUGCAAUGGACAGGAGCUUUAUGGGUAAUUCAUACAUGAACAUGCUUGAACUCCAGAGGGCUUAUCAGGGAUCUCCGAAAUCGCAGUAUGGUGUCCCUUACAAAUCCGGGAGUCCUACCAGCCAUAGCUACUAUGGGAGUCCAACGUUUGGAUCUAAUAUGUCAUAUCCUGGCAGUCCAUUGGCUCAUCAUGUUUUGCAAAAUUCUCUUUUGUCACCUUGUAGCCCUUUGAGACGAGGUGAAGUUAAUAUGCGAUAUCCUUCUGCAGCAAGAAACUAUGCAGGAGGUGUAAUGGAUUCUUGGCACAUGGGUGCUACUUUGGAUGAAGGCUUUGGAUCUUCAUUGCUUGAAGAGUUCAAAAGUAACAAAACAAGAGGAUUCGAACUUUCUGAAAUAGCUAGCCACGUUGUAGAGUUCAGUGCGGAUCAAUAUGGGAGUCGGUUUAUUCAGCAGAAACUCGAGACAGCAACAACUGAUGAGAAAAACAUGGUGUAUGAGGAGAUCAUGCCACAUGCUCUUACCCUGAUGACUGAUGUUUUCGGAAACUAUGUAAUUCAGAAGUUCUUUGAGCACGGUCUCCCAACACAGAGGAGAGAAUUGGCAGAGAAGCUCUUUGACAACGUUUUGGCUCUUAGCUUACAGAUGUAUGGUUGUCGUGUUAUCCAAAAGGCAAUUGAGGUGGUUGAUCUAGACCAGAAAAUUAAGAUGGUGAAAGAACUUGAUGGACAUGUGAUGCGAUGUGUACGCGAUCAGAAUGGGAACCAUGUGGUUCAGAAGUGCAUCGAAUGUGUGCCUGAAGAAAACAUCGAAUUCAUCAUUUCAACUUUCUUUGGUCAAGUUGUGACCCUCUCCACUCACCCAUACGGUUGCCGUGUUAUUCAGAGGGUAUUGGAGCACUGCCAUAACCCGGAUACACAGAGUAAGGUUAUGGAAGAAAUCCUGUCUACUGUUAGUAUGCUGGCCCAAGAUCAGUAUGGAAACUAUGUUGUUCAGCAUGUACUGGAGCAUGGAAAGCCUGAUGAGCGUACUGUGAUAAUCAAAGAAUUAGCGGGGAAGAUUGUUCAGAUGAGCCAGCAGAAGUUUGCGUCAAAUGUUGUUGAGAAAUGUUUGACAUUUGGAGGUCUAGAGGAGCGGGAAUUGCUUGUGAAUGAGAUGCUGGGCACAACUGAUGAAAACGAGCCUCUUCAGGCGAUGAUGAAGGAUCAGUUUGCAAACUAUGUAGUGCAAAAGGUUUUGGAGACAUGCGAUGACCAACGUCGUGAGCUGAUACUUACUCGUAUCAAAGUGCAUCUUAAUGCUUUGAAGAAAUACACUUACGGAAAGCAUAUCGUUGCCCGUGUUGAAAAACUCGUCGCUGCUGGAGAGAGGAGAAUGGGUUUGCAGUCCCAAAAUGAGCCUCAGAUGGCGUAAGGCCGCAAGUGUUGUACAGCGUAACUAGGGUGGAUGGGUCUGCCAUUGCGUUUUGAGAAUUAGGUAAGAUCUAAAACCAGAAAUAAUCUUGCGGGAGGUUGUGAAAGAGAGCUUUGUUUUCUCUGCAAAAAUCUGUAAAGUUGUGUAGUUUCUUACGGCUUUUCUAUACAUAGAACCAAACAUCCUUCUUAGGCUGAUGAGUGAGUGAGUAAGAGAGAGAAAAAAAGGCAGAAUGGUGUAAAAAUGGGUUGUGAAAUGGUGAGGAGUUUUAGGGUUUCCUUCACACAUCGAGAAUGGCUGUUUUCGCCAAUGUGUUGAAGAGAGAAUAUGUUGAUGCUUUUAGGACAAUCCCAGUUUUAGAGUUUCCUUCUCCAUCUAUGUAAUUUGUUUCAUCACACUCUUAUAUCUUAUUUCACGAUGCAAUCUUUUCGUUUCUGGAAUUUGCCAUUUUCU